AUGGCGGCGGCAAAGGCGAAGAAGGUGAUGGAAUGUUUGGGAAGAGGUAUUCGGUCUUGGAUUGACCGAAUGUUGGUGGCGAAACUGUGGGAUAUGGAUUGUGAUGCAGCGAAUGGUAGUGGUGUGAUAGCAAUGGCGUUGGAUUUGAGUUGGGGUAUUGUCGUUUGGGGUUGGAUGAUAACAGUAAAGGAAACAAACCGGAAGAGCAGCAGCCGACCAAAUUACUCGGUGAACGUUAAAAUGGUAAUGAGAAGAGUGGAUCUGCGGUCCGACACUGUCACUAAACCAACUGAAACCAUGCGGGCAGCAAUGGCGAGUGCUGAAGUUGAUGAUGAUGUAUUGGGUUACGACCCAACUGCCGCUCGCCUUGAAAUGGAGAUGGCAAGGAUCAUGGGCAAGGAAGCAGCACUAUUUGUCCCUUCAGGCACAAUGGCUAACCUGAUUUGUGUGCUAACUCACUGUCAAAUUCGGGGAAGUGAAGUCAUUCUGGGUGACUAUUCUCAUAUCCACAUUUAUGAAAAUGGAGGCAUUUCCACAAUUGGAGGCGUUCAUCCGAGGACAGUGAAGAAUAAUGAAGAUGGGACAAUGGAUAUUGAUCUAAUUGAGGCUGCAAUAAGAGAUCCUGCAUUUGAGAUCUGUUAUCCAACUACUAGGCUCAUCUGCUUGGAGAAUUCACAUGCACACUCCGGUGGGAGAUGUCUUUCUGUAGAGUACACGGACAAAGUUGGAGACCUAGCAAAGAAGCAUGGUUUGAAGCUUCACAUUGAUGGGGCGCGUAUUUUUAAUGCAUCAGUUGCACUUGGAGUUCCUGUUCACAGGCUUGUGCAGGCAGCUGAUUCAGUAACGGCUUGUUUAUCAAAAGGUCUUGGUGCUCCAGUUGGAACUGUGAUCGCAGGCUCAAGAAGCUUUAUUGCCAAGGCGAAGAUUCUUAGGAAGACUUUAGGCGGUGGAAUGAGACAGGUUGGCAUACUAUGCGCUGCUGCUACAGUUGCAUUGGAAGAAAAUGUUAGUAAACUUGAAGGCGAUCAUAAAAAGGCUAAGAUUUUGGCAGAGGGACUGAACGAAAUCAAAGGACUUAAAGUUGAUAUGGCUUCCGUGGAGACCAACAUUGUGUAUUUUGACAUUCUUGAGGGCUCAAAUAUCACUGAAACUCACUUAUGCAAGGUUCUAGAAGCACAUGGUGUACUAACAUUGCCAGAAGGGCCAUUCAAACUUAGACUUGUCGUUCACCACCAGAUCUCGGAAAGCGAUGUGCAGUACACAUUGUCUUGCAUUCAGAAAGCUGUAACUGGGUUUGUUGAUGAGAAUCGUGGCAAGUGA